AUGGCGCAUUAUCAUCAUACUGAUCCGGGAUAUGCUCCGCCUCUUGUGAACCCCCCGUCUCCUGCACCGUCCGUGACAUCUGUGUAUGGGGAAGACGAGACGGACCCUGCCGACGCGCUCCUUUCUCCCGAGGAAUUCGAUAAGAAAGUGCGUGAGCAGAUCGGACUUGGCCAACCCAGCGACCAGGAGAUGCACGCAAACCGACUGGUAAUGCUACCAAAGCCUAACAAUCCUCAGGAAGAGCAGAUGCUAUUCGAACAUGUGAUGAACAACCUUCGUCGACAAGUCCGCCUACUGGAGGAGAACGAGCUCUUCGAACGAACGUUGUCGAGACCCAGCCAAGUGGCCCAAACUCCGCUCCCAUCUACGAACGACAUCGACGCGUUAAUGCGGAGCAUGAUGGGUUACUCCGACGCGUCGAAUCGGUCUCAAUCAGGGUCAAAUACCUAUCCAGUAGCUCAGGGUCAAACCGUUACAUCUGGAGCAGGUGGCCAACUAGCUUCAGGAACUAUUCUCAGCGGCCUGGACGUGUUCAACGCGCCGGUCAUGCCUGUGGGUGGAGCCUACUGGGGCAACGCGCCGGACUUGAACGACGUCCUUCCGAAUGGACACGGUGGCGGACAAUCGACAUCACGAUCCGCUCGUCCCUCCCAGCCCUAUGGUGCAUGA